GAGGCGGCAGCGUAGGCCCCGGCGGGGCGUUUGGUUUCGAUUUGGCCCUGACUUGAGUUUGUACUGACGGUCGAAAUGGGAGUCCCUAAGUUUUAUCGAUGGAUCUCGGAGCGGUAUCCCUGCCUCAGCGAAGUGGUGAAGGAGCAUCAGAUUCCUGAAUUUGAUAACUUAUACCUGGAUAUGAAUGGUAUUAUACAUCAAUGUUCCCAUCCUAAUGAUGAUGAUGUUCACUUCAGAAUUUCAGAUGAUAAAAUCUUUACUGAUAUUUUUCACUACUUGGAGGUGUUGUUUCGCAUUAUUAAACCUAGGAAAGUGUUCUUCAUGGCCGUUGACGGUGUGGCUCCUCGAGCAAAGAUGAACCAGCAGCGUGGGAGGCGUUUUAGGUCAGCAAAGGAGGCAGAAGACAAAAUUAAAAAGGCAAUAGAAAAAGGAGAAACUCUUCCUACAGAGGCCAGAUUUGAUUCCAACUGUAUUACACCAGGGACUGAAUUCAUGGCCAGGUUACACGAACAUCUGAAGUAUUUUGUAAAUAUGAAAAUUUCUACAGACAAGUCGUGGCAAGGAGUUACCAUCUAUUUCUCAGGCCAUGAGACUCCUGGAGAAGGAGAACAUAAAAUCAUGGAAUUUAUCAGAUCCGAGAAGGCAAAGCCAGAUCAUGAUCCAAACACCAGACACUGUCUUUAUGGCUUAGAUGCUGACUUGAUUAUGCUUGGAUUAACAAGUCAUGAAGCACAUUUCUCUCUUUUAAGAGAAGAGGUUCGGUUUGGUGGCAAAAAGACACAAAGGGUAUGCGCACCAGAAGAAACCACAUUUCACCUUCUACACUUGUCUUUAAUGAGAGAGUAUAUUGACUAUGAGUUUUCAGCAUUAAAAGACAAGAUCACAUUUAAAUAUGAUAUUGAAAGGAUAAUAGAUGAUUGGAUUUUGAUGGGAUUUCUUGUUGGCAAUGAUUUUAUCCCUCAUCUACCUCAUUUACAUAUUAAUCAUGAUGCACUGCCUCUUCUUUAUGGAACAUAUAUUACCAUCCUGCCAGAACUUGGGGGUUAUAUUAAUGAAAGUGGACAUCUCAACUUACCUCGAUUUGAGAAAUACCUUGUGAAACUAUCAGAUUUUGAUCGAGAGCACUUCAGUGAAGUUUUUGUGGACCUAAAGUGGUUUGAAAGCAAAGUUGGUAACAAGUACCUCAAUGAAGCAGCAGGUGUCGCAGCAGAAGAAGCCAAGAACUACAAGGAAAAGAAAAAAUCAAAGGGCCAGGAAAACUCAAUAUGUUGGGCUGCUUUAGACAAAAAUGGAGAAGAAGUGGUAACUUCUAAGGACAAUUUAGAAGAUGAGACUGAAGAUGAUGACUUGUUUGAAACCGAGUUUAGACAAUAUAAAAGAACAUAUUACAUGACAAAGAUGGGAGUUGACGUAGUUUCUGAUGACUUUCUGGCUGAUCAAGCUGCAUGUUAUGUUCAGGCAAUACAAUGGAUUUUGCAUUAUUACUAUCAUGGAGUUCAGUCCUGGAGCUGGUUUUAUCCGUACCAUUAUGCACCUUUCCUAUCUGAUAUCCGCAACAUCAGUACACUCAAAAUCCAUUUUGAACUAGGAAAACCUUUUAAGCCAUUUGAACAGCUUCUUGCUGUACUUCCAGCAGCUAGCAAAAAUUUACUUCCUACAUGCUACCAGCAUUUGAUGACAGAUGAAGACUCGCCAAUUAUAGAAUAUUAUCCACCUGAUUUUAAAACUGACCUAAAUGGGAAGCAACAGGAAUGGGAAGCUGUGGUUCUAAUACCUUUUAUUGAUGAGAAGCGAUUGUUGGAAGCCAUGGAGACAUGCAACCACUCCCUGAAAAAAGAAGAGAGGAAAAGAAACCAACAUAGUGAGUGCCUAAUGUGCUGGUAUGAUAGCGAGACAGAGUUCACGUACCCCUCUCCAUGGCCAGAAAAGUUCCCUGCCAUAGGACGAUGCUGCGCCAGGUAUAGAAUAAUAUCAUUAGAUGCUUGGCGUGUAGACAUAAGCAAAAACAAAAUAACCAGGGUUGACCAAAAGGCAUUAUAUUUCUGUGGAUUUCCUACUUUGAAACACAUCAAACACAAAUUUUUUUUGAAGAAAAGUGGGGUUCAAGUAUUCCAGCAAAGCAGUCGUGGAGAAAACAUGAUGUUGGAAAUAUUAGUGAAUGCAGAAUCAGAUGAACUUAUGAAAAACUUCAGUCAAGAAAGGCAACUUAUGGGCUUCCCUGGUGGGGCAGUGGUUGAGAGUCUGCCUGCCGAUGCAGGGGACGCAGGUUCGUGCCCCGGUCCGGGAAGAUCCCACAUGCCGCGGAGCGGCUGGGCCCGUGAGCCAUGGCCGCUGAGCGUCCGGAGCCUGUGCUCUGCAACGGGAGAGGCCACAAAAAGUGUAGAAAAUAUAGCUUCAUCAGUGCUUGGGAAGUCUCUCUUUGUUAAUUGGCCUCAUCUUGAAGAAGCUAGAGUUGUUGGUGUAUCAGAUGGAGAAACUAAGUUUUACUUGGAAGAACCUGCAGGAACACAGAAGCUUUAUUUGGGAAGAACUGCACCACCCUCUAAAGUGGUCCAUCUUGGAGACAAAGAACAAUCUAACUGGACAAAAGAAGUACAAGGAAUUUCAGAAUACUACCUGAGAAGAAAAGGAAUAAUAAUAAAUGAAACAUCUGCAGUUGUAUAUGGUCAGUUACUCACAGGUCGUAAAUACCAAGUAAAUCAAAAUGGUGAAGUCCGUCUAGAGAAACAGUGGUCAAAACAAGUUCUUCCAUUUGUUUAUCAAACUAUUGUCCAAGACAUCCGAGCUUUUGACUCCCGUUUCUCCAAUAUUAAAACAUUGGAUGACUUGUUUCCUCCUAGAAGUAUGGUUUUUAUGCUGGGAACACCCUAUUAUGGAUGCACUGGAGAAGUUCAGGAUUCAGGGGAUGUGAUUACAGAAGGCAGGAUUCGUGUGAUUUUCAGUAUUCCAUGUGAACCCAAUCUUGAUGCUUUAAUACAAAACCAGCAUAAAUAUUCUAUAAAGUACAACCCAGGAUAUGUGUUGGCCAGUCGCCUUGGAGUGAGUGGAUACCUUGUUUCAAGGUUUACAGGAAGUAUUUUUAUUGGAAGAGGAUCUAGGAGAAACCCUCAUGGAGACCAUAAAGCAAAUGUGGGUUUGAAUCUCAAAUUCAACAAAAAAAAUGAGGAGGUACCUGGAUAUACUAAGAAAGUUGGAAGUGAAUGGAUGUAUUCAUCUGCAGCAGAACAACUUCUUGCAGAGUACUUGGAGAGAGCUCCAGAACUGUUUAGUUAUAUAGCCAAAAAUAGCCAAGAGGAUGUGUUCUAUGAAGAUGACAUUUGGCCUGGAGAAAAUGAGAAUGGUGCUGAGAAAGUUCAAGAAAUUAUUACUUGGCUAAAGGGACAUCCUGUCAGUACUUUGUCUCGUUCUUCUUGUGAUUUACAAAUUCUGGAUGCAGCUAUUGUUGAGAAAAUUGAAGAAGAAGUUGAAAAGUGCAAGCAAAGAAAGAAUAAUAAGAAGGUUCGAGUGACAGUGAAGCCCCAUUUGCUAUACAGACCUUUAGAACAGCAACAUGGAGUCAUUCCUGAUCGGGAUGCAGAGUUUCGUCUCUUUGACCGAGUUGUAAAUGUGAGAGAGAACUUUUCCGUUCCAGUUGGCCUUCGGGGCACCAUCAUAGGAAUUAAAGGGGCUAAUAGAGAAGCUGAUGUACUAUUUGAAGUGUUAUUUGAUGAAGAAUUUCCUGGAGGUUUAACAAUAAGGUGCUCACCUGGUAGAGGUUAUCGACUGCCAACAUGUGCCUUGGUGAACCUUUCUCAUGGGAGUCGCUCUGAAACAGGAAAUCAGAAGUUGACAGCCAUUGUGAAACCACAGCCAGCUGUGAAUCACUAUAGCUCAAGUUCAUCAAUUUCAUCUGGGCAUUUGGGAGGUCUGAACCAUUCCCCUCAAUCACUUUUUGUUCCUACUCAAGUACCUGCUAAAGAUGAUGAUGAAUUUUGCAACAUUUGGCAAUCCUUACAGGGAUCUGGAAAGGUUCAGCACUUUCAGCCACCUCUACAAGAGAAGGGUGCAGUUCUACCUCAAGAAAUAAGUCAAGUAACUCAACAUCACAAAUCUGGCUUUAAUGAGAACAGCGUUAAGCAAAGAAAACAUGAGCCUCACAGAAAAUUUAAAGAAGAGUGUAAGAGUCCUAAAACUGAGAGUCGGUCACAAAAAAUAUCAAAUAGGCAGCCUAAUCCUGGAAUUGAGAACUUCUUAGCAUCCUUGAAUAUCUCCAAAGAAAAUGAAGUACAGUCAUCUCAUCAUGAAGAGCCUCCAAGCGAAGAACAUUUGUCACCACAGUCAUUUGCUAUGAAGGGAACUCGGAUGCUUAAAGAAAUUCUAAAAAUUGAUGGCUCUGACACUGUGGACCAUAAGAAUGAGAUGAAACAAUUUGGUAAUGAGGUCACUGUUUCCUCCAGUAGAAGAGAUGAAUAUGGAUCUUCCUCACAGCCUAAACAAAGUAAGAAAUUAACAUCUUAUAUGAACAAGCCUCACAGUGCUAGUGAGUACCAUAAUGUUCAGUCUGUGGACAGUGUGUGCUGGCCUGCUGCCAGCCAGAUUCCUCCUGUGUCCACACCAGUAACUGAACUUUCUCGAAUUUGUUCCCUUGUUGGAAUGCCACAACCAGAUUUCUCCUUUCUGAGAACACCACAGACAAUGACAGUUUGCCAGGUAAAAUUAUCUAAUGGCUUACUGGUACAUGGGCCACAGUGCCAUUCUGAAAAUGAAGCCAAGGAAAAAGCUGCACUUUUUGCUUUACAACAAUUGGGCUCCUUAGGAGUGAAUUUCCCUUUGCCUCCACCAAUAUUUCCAAGUUAUCCUCCUGCUGUACCACCUGGAACCAUUCCUCCAGUUUUUCCCCAACCUACUGGCUGGGAUCACUAUGGAAGCAACUUAGCAUUGGGGGCAGCUAAUAUAAUGCCCUCAUCAUCUCAUCUCUUUGGCUCAAUGCCAUGGGCACCACCAGUGCCAGUUCCUGGGAAGCCCUUCCAUCAUACUUCAUAUGCUGGGACCAUGCCCAUGGCUGGAGGAAUGCCAGCUGGUGUGCACAAUCAGUUCAUACCUCUACAGGUAACUAAAAAAAGGGUUGCAAACAAAAAGAAUUUUGAGAACAAGGAUGCCCAGAGUUGUCAAGCCACCCUACUUCAGACUAGCCAGUCAGCAUCUUCUGAUGUCACCAAAGUGAUUCCACAGGAGAGUUUAUCAGCUUCCUUCAAGUCCCCUCAGAUUACUCAACUUGCGUCUCCUUUUCAAGUUGAAGCUGCCUCCCCAGGCCAUAGUAUGUCUCACCAUAAAUCAACACCAAGCUCCUCAAGAAGAAAAUCAAGAAAACUGGCUGUCAAUUUUGGAGUUUCUAAACCUUCUGAAUAAAUUGUACUUGGAAUUAAGUUAAUUUCAUUCCUUUACUCCCACCUUUUUAUAAAUCCAUAUCUGCGUCUCAUAAAAAAUUACAGUGUACUAUUUUAAAACAAUAUAUUUCAAUUAAAAUUUUUUAAAUUUUUAGUUGUCAGGCACUUUUCAUGCUAUUUAAAAGACUAUAUGUCAAAUUGUGCAUCUUAAGUAUGUGCAAUUUGUUUUACAUCAAUUAUACCUCAAUAAAGCUGUAAAAAAAGACUAAAUUCAACCUUGUUUUAAAAUAAUAUCAACGGACUAAGCAUUCAGAUAUACCACUCUAAUCAUUGGCCUCAUCAUUAGAAGCAUCCUAAACUAUGAAUUAGACAUCAUAUUGCAAUAAUUAUAAACAUUUUUUACACUAUCAUUGAGGGAUAAUUAAAUGGAGCAUGAAAAUUGGAUCUCAAGUAUAAUUUACUGAAUGUGGAUUUUAUUUCUCUUUUUAAUGAUGUAACAGAAGUGUCAGGAGAAUGGCUCUUAUUUAUAGGUAUUUUAACUUAGGUUUUAUUAUAUCUGAGGGUCCUUUGGACCUGUUGUGAAGUGAUCACACUUGUGGUGGUGCUGCCAGUUUUGCUUUAUUCUCAAUUUUGUACCAAAGCAACUUCAGAAUACUGAUCAGAAUAUUUCAUUUAACUGCUUAGAAUUAUAAAUAACAAUCUAGAUUUGAGUAAAUAAUUACAAUUUUUUAGAUUAUUCAAGAACCAGCAUUAGUAAUUUCUAAUAAAAUUAAGUUUCAAAAUCUGCAGGGUAUAAUGAUUACAAAUUAAUCUUCUAAUAGAAUAAAGUACAAAAUAUUAAUCGUGUUAAUUAAAAUAAAUUGUGUUAUCAAUUUGUAUAGCUUUUUACCUGCUUACUUAAACAUACAUGAGAGCUCUGUUGUUGGUCCAUGUGUAGUGCUUCCUGGAACUGAUGAAAUUCUAAAUUUUUUAAAAAUAACAAGGUGUGCACAGGCACCAUCAGUGUAUACUGUACAUUAUUUAUAUGACAAGUGCCCGUCUCAUUCUCGUUCCAUAUUUUUAGCUUUAUGCUGAACUGCCCAGGGACUCUGGCGUUUUGUCUUUGCAUGUCACGUGUGGGUGUGUAUUGUUCAAGCUGUAGCUGUUGAAAUUAUUUUAGAGUUUAUGAAAAUGUCUCAGUGGUACCAGGGCCUGAGUUUUUAUAUAUAUGUUUGUGCUUUCAUUUUUGUGAUAUGCUUGUAUUUUUAAGGAAGUAAGUUAUCAUACUUUUUUAAAAGUACGAACAACAGUCUUUGUAUGGAACUGCUUAUGAUUAUAUUUAGUUUCAUUUGGCUCAUUGAAAACUCUGAGUCUUUGUUUGUUUUUAAAAAUGCUAGUACUGAAUUAAAUGGAUUUCUUUCUCUAACUGCUAAAUGUUAGAGUUUCUCUAAAUGUUAAUAGGAUAUUUGUAUAUUAGUCGUGCCUUUAGUGUAAGAGAUAAAUGUUCAUUAUCUGUCAUUUAUCACAGUCAUGUGAGUUUCUGUGAUUUUAUUUUCUAUUAAUUUUCCUAGAUUCAGAUGUUCAUUGGUUCCCAGAAUUUCUUUUUUGGGGAAUAUUUGUUUCUCUGUAAUGGGAUCUUGAGUAAUGAGGCUCAAGUAAUUCUCAGUAUUUGUCCUUAUUGCCUCACGACCUUUUUUUUUUUUUUUAAGGGAACAUCUGUUUGGGGCAUACAAUACAAAAAAGUUAAAUUGUGACGGUAAGAUUAUGUCAACCUCUUACUACUUUAAAGUGUAUAAUAUUUUUCACCUUAUGUAACUUUACAAACUCCAGCAUUCAAGAAUUGCCUCACUCAUCAUUGCUCUGUGACCACUCUAUAAACAAUGUACAACCCACAUCUUUUUUAAAGCCCAGAAGAAGGAGCACGUGCUGUCUUCUGAAAACUCCAAGAGAAAUUUCGGUAAGCACAGUGCCGCUGAACCCGUAUACGGAUGUUUCCUCAGUAUUCAAGCAAAGCAAGCUGACAAUUCUAGGUGGAUAGGCAGUAAAAGUGUUUUCUUUUCAUUCUUUCUUCUCUUUUUAAAAAAUGUAUUAUUCUAAAAGUCAAGACUAAAGAGAGAUUAAAAUGGGAGAGAGCUCCAUAAUGACUAGAUAGUGUCAGGCAUUCAUCUAUGUUCUCUUCACCUUGUUCACCUAUUCUAAAUGUGGGCCUGAGAGCAGUAGAUGUGCCCUCUCUGGGGAGGAUGUAAGAGGCAGAGACUGUUUUUAAUCUCUCAUGACAAUCUUGAGGAGACUAGAUCCACUAAUAGACUGGGAAACUUACAGUUUUUCCUUUUUUGGAUGGUGCAGACUCAGAAUACCCCGAAGUUUAGAAAUACGCCCAUUCAACUGUUGAAUCUGUUGUGGCCUUUCUGUGGAAACCAUGGGCUGUACAGGGCACAGAGGAUCAGAUUCCCCAAAAUACUUCAUGUUUCCACGUACUAAAAGCAGUUAAAUCUAUUUAAACCUUCUUCUCCUCGCUGAAACAUUAUUUCUAAAUAUCUUUGUUCAAUAAAGUUUUUUUUCUUUUUUUUUUUGAGCAAAUUAAGUGAAUUUUGAAGAUUGGUCCUUCAGUCUCAUUGUUCCUUUUCACCAUUUCCUACAUUACCUGAGCUUUAUAAUUUUACAGAUAGACUGUAUUAAUUGACUGAAACAUCAUGUAGACUCACGUCUUAAACGUCUGAGACUCAGUUGCCUGAGAAAUUAAUUUCACCUCUGUAUCUUGGUUUCAGUUUAAGACUUUCCUUGCUGUUCAGAGGGAUAAGUAGUUCUUUUAGAACUAAAAAGAUAAGGAGAUCUUUUUUUCCUGUUGGUGGGAGAGAUGAAAAACUCCUGAUGCAGGUUUUUUGUUUUUUAUUUCCUUUUCUAUAAUCAGGUACUUGCUUUGGUUUUAGACUGAUAUUUUUCAAACUAAUCUAGGUUUUGGGGGGAGGGGUCAGAGAGGGAGGCAGUUGGAAGAAGGAAACAGUUAAAUAAGACCCAUCCAACACUGCAUUUUUAGACUAUAUCUUUCUAGCUCAAGGAAAUAGAUAAGUUGCAGGGUCUUUUUUAUUCACUCACUUUUUUUUUAUGAUUUUUUUUUUGAAUUGGAGUAUAGUUGUUUUACAACGUUGUGUUGGUUUCUACUGUACAGCAAAGUGAAGUAGAGUUCCCUGUGCUAUACAGCAGGUUCUUAUUAGUUAUCUAUUUUAUACAUAUUAGUAUUCACUCACUUUUAAAUCAUCUGUUUUAUUUGUAUUAAUAAAUCAUACAUUUUCAUAGUGGUUGUCUAAUUUUUACCUUUAAGAUAGCUAGGACUGUCCAGCUGUCCUUUGAAGUUCAUUGUAAUGUGCUUCAUCUCAUUGUCCAGAGCCUCUUUUUUAAAGCAACUGUGUACAAUCUCCUAGCUUUUUGAGUUUGCUAUAUUUCUUAGCACCAUCUGGCUUCCAAAUUGUGUUUUUACUGUGGAGGAGAAUUAAUUUAUUGGAGAGAAAUGACCAUGACAGACAUUCUCAACCUUUAAAAAGAAAUGAAUCACAGAAAUUCCCUUAUUUUUUUUAGAGACAGUGAUAUAGAACUCAAACUGGCAGUGUUCUUAUUUAAUAAGUUUUGUCAGUGAAACAGUGUUUUUUUGCAGGAGCUUCCUUUCCUAGUUAGGAUAAUGCUUAAAAUUCCAGAAAUGAAUGUGUUUCAGACAGAGCUGGUUCAGAUUUCCAUCAGACCACUCCAUCUUCUGCCAGGGAGCAGUAUGAGACAGCGGCGAGACAGACAGAAUGGGGGCAGGUGGAAGUUUCACUGACUUAACUCCAGCACCACUUAUCCUUUGUUUAGAAGGAGAGAAAAAAACAGGUAUAAAAUAGUUUUCAUAGUUAAGAAUAUCACCAAUCCAUAGCUGCUUUGUGUGUGUGUGUGUGUGUGUGAGAGAGAGAGUGAACCAGCAGUAAUGCCUUGCUCAGUCGCAUUCAGCCAUCUCAAGUGCAAUUCAUGAUGGAGACUCUGGUUUCCAACAGAUAAAGUUUUACGUAGUUAAACCUGUAAAAAUUAAUUUUUUUUCAACAGUACACCUAUUGCUAUUAUGUCAGCAAUUGGUAUACUAUUAAAUUGCCCAGGCCAAAUAAUUAAAUUUCUGUAGAUGUUUUAGUAAUUUGAGCCAAAUCCUCAUACUGUUUUCUCAUAAAGAAUGAGAAUUUGGUCCUCAGUUUGCUUUAAGUUCUCUUAUUCCUUUCUUUCCCUUACAGUUAAAGGACUUUUUUGUUUGUUCUGAAGCUUGGGGGCUUUUUUUUGCCUGAAGUGUCAUACAUUUUCUUUUGCCUGCACCCAGUUGCUUCUUUGAGUGUUUUCAUCUAUUUUGAUAUAUGAGUAAUAGAUAGUGUACUAUAUCAUCAGAGUGUUCCAACGUUUUGUUCUUUUAAACAAUGUAAGUAUAACUCAUACAUAUACAUCUUAAUUCCUUUCUUUCCUCACAUAAGUAUUUUAUAAGUAACCGGAAUUUUUCAUUAGAUCUUAUACAGAGCAGUAUUUUAUUAAAAGUUCAAAAGGGAAGACUUUUAUGUGCUCAUUUUGUAGUUUUUGGUUUAUAAAUAUCUUUACAUUGUCUUCAAUUAAAGUGUUUUAAACUUGCAUUGGAAUGGACUCCGAAUGUAUUUUUGUGUUAAGCUGUACAUUUGUAGAUUUCUAGCAUGAAGUUAGCCUCAAAAUGUGCAAAAGGAUUUUAAAAUAUAUGAAUCACUGAAAGAGUUUAAACAUCUAUACAUGUUAAAUGAUAUAUGGAUUUUAAUUAAACCUUUGAGAAUGAUUUCAUAA